CAGGCGAGGAGACGCAGCUCGCGGGCGAGCCGAUUGGUUCACACAUUAAAGUGAAAGUGAGCGCUGAUUUGGGCGCGAAAGGACGGGCUAAACCAUUGUUCACAUGAGGAGGGGGUGAAACUGGAUGUUAUCAGGAUUAACAGUCAAAGUUGGACAAACGUAAAAUAUUUGAUUAUUUAAAAAAAAAAAAAUCUCUCCACAUAUAUUUUAGCAUUUAUUCUAGAUAAGCAGGACAGCAAGCAGGUUGUAGAACAGUGUUUAAGUUGGUAUCUGCCACCUACGUCACUGCAUCCAAACAAACAAAGACAUUUCAACUUCCCGCCACUGACUGAAUUCAACUUCAAGGCAGAAAACAGUGACGAAAAGGACAAAAGCAAACGCUGAAUUCGUGGCUCGUGACUCAUUUCAGGAUUGAUCUGUCCCGUGCAGCAGGAAAACAUUAGAGAUGUCGGUUAUUUCAGAGAGAGAGUGGAAACGAGCUCUGACCUCCAUCCUGGAGGAACUGGAAAAGCAACAGUUAACUAAGAUGGUGGACUGUUUGGAAAAAAUCCCCCAAAGUCAGAAGACUGGCAGGUUCAAAGAAAAUCUUCCCCGAAAAAUCAUUCAGCACUACGGAGCGGAAGAGUCCGUUUCUGCAGUCAACGCUGCCAUAGAUCAGAUACCGAGGAGGGACUCUGUAGUCCAGGACCUGCUGCGCCCCUUUGUGGACAAACUGAACAACAAACAGGAAAAAGAGAACAAGGGGAAGAAGAGGAAACGCGAUCCAGACGAGGAGGAAGAAAGGUCUGCAGCAGAUCAACAGGAGAACUGCCGACCUGACACGGAGGGAAUCGCUCGUACUUGGAGGAUAUUCAUCCGUGAGCUGAGAUCCAGCGGUGAACUUCCUGAAAAAGCCAUUGCUGGGAAAGUUGUUAAGAAAUCGGGGCUGCGCUCGUAUCAAACCAAAGAGAAAGUGAAAAGGUUUUUCUUUUAUGUGGCGGUCGCUGACGAGACAGCCAGCGUUAAAGUGAUGGUAUAUGGAAAAAAGCGCUAUGAAGAAAUCAAGGAAAAGAACUUCUACACGUUCAGAAAGCUAAUUAAAGAUGAAAAAGGUUUUAAGGUGAUCGAACAGAGCAAAGUGUCACAGACGAGCUCUGUUCAAGUCCCAGAAGAGCUCGAGAUGGAGGCUCAGGAGCUCAUUUAUUCCGAGAGCCCAGUUUACACCAUCGCCAAAGCCAAGUUAUCUGCCGAGAAGACAGCAGUGAGUGUUGAAGGCACCGUUACAGAGGUCGACCCCGAGGUGCGCAGAGCGAAGACGACCAAGAGGCAACAUUUCCGAAUGAAAGAUGACACCGAUUCCAUCGGGAUCUGCAUGUGGGAUGAAAACACCAAUCAGUGCAAAGAUUUAGCAGUUGGAGACGUCGUUAAGGUUACCAACGUGAAGACCGGGCAUUACCACGGAACCGUAUCACUGAGCUCAACUGGAUUCACCAGAAUUCACAAGGUUCACAGUGCUGGCAUCCAGAACGUGAGACUUGAGAUUAUAGGAAUCAUAAAAGCCAUCAAGAAGGAGACUCACCUGGAGGCAGAGUUCGACCUCCAGGUGCACACGUUUGUUGUGGCUUCUCGACUUCUGGCAGAGGCGUUUGGCUUCAAGCUGGAGGGGGAUUUUAAACAGAGGCUCCUUGAUAAAAUACCAUUUUCAGCUGAUGCAGUAAUAAAAGGAAGUAAAAUUACUAAAAUUACAGCCGUUCAGGUGUGACCGCGGGUUUACAAACAGUCACAUCUCUACAAACAUCUCAUUUUCAUCUCGCGGCAGCGGAUUUAUUAUCGACUUAGAACAGAAACGUGGUUUUAUAUCUAGACGUCGUAUUAUAUCUGUAGUUAUUAUUCCUGCUUGAAGCAUAAUGUUUAAUCAGCUUUUGUUUUAUGAUUUAUACGUCCGUGGAGGCCUUUUUCUUUACAGUUUUUCUCAAAGCACGACUCGUGUCCUCAAAACUCUACACACAAAUCCAUAGUUGGACGUGUAAAGUGUACAAACAGGAGAAAUAAUAGUACUGUAAACAGUCAUUUAAGAAAAGUUAGGCUGCGUCCUGUCUUCAGUACUGGGCGCUACUGUUAGGUUGUACUCUCGGCAUUUUAGCAGAACCGGUCCAGGUGGUUUGUACGCGAGGCAUUAUAUCUCAAGUACCAGUGUUAGUGUGUUAACAACUGCAACGUCACCCUAACUUCAUAACGUGGAAUUGAUUGUAUUGGGUUUGUAAGCAUAUAUAAAAUAUUGUGACACAUUU